GACAACCCCCCCCAAGCCCUUCUAGCCAUCGACUCAUUUUGAGAAAAAUUGGUGACCAAGCUUGGGAUUUUCUCUUUCUUUUCUUGUUCUUGAACCCAGAAAUCCCCCCCCCUCUGCUGGAAAUUCCAGAUCUACUCUGCUCCUCCCCUGCAGCCGGCAAGAGCCCCAGCCACCGCCACCCAUUUCCGGUCGGGAACACCGGCAAAGCUUGGGGAUUUCUCCCUAUUUUCUUGUUCUAGAACAGCCACUAAACCAGAAUUUCCAGAUCUGUUCUGCUCUGCAUCGUCCUCUCUUUGCUGUUCGCGAGUUCUGCUAUGUGGGUUUGAGUUUCUGGGCAUUUUUUGGCCGUGAGUUUCCCCUGCAGAUGCCGCCGGCUUCUUCUCCCUGCCAGCUCCGGUUUGCUUGCUGGAAUUCUGGUUUUGAUCGUUCUGUCACCGUAGCACUUGGGUUAGCCUUCUGUUCUGUGCGAGUAAGGUAAGUAAAUCAUGGUAAAGCCCUUCGAUUUUAAAGCAUGUUUUAAACUGUUUUUGAGAUGGUGGCAAGGUUUAACUUGAUUUUUAAUUGAUUUUAUCUGCAUCUGAGUGCAAUUAAACUGAAAUGAGAAUU